CUUUCCUCGUACAUGAGGAAUGUGCGACAUCGUCCACCCAAGACGGCAAUAACCAAAACUAAUCAUAUACUAUGACAUCGAAUAUCGAUACCGAGAACGAGAGUGACGCCUCCAGAUUCUCACCACGCGAUGCUGUAGAAAGAGAAGCCCUUGAAUAUUUCUCAAGCAACCCCGGUCUCGACAGCACAGCAAACAACAUCGAUCUCCAUGACUAAUCCCGCACAGUCCUCUCUCCAGAAGGAAUGACUCUGGCAGAACUCUGAAAAUCUUCUCUCGAAUUGCUAUAUCGUAACACACUUACCGACUUGUCGCAAAAAUACCUCAAAGUAAUGCAAAUCAAACCUAUUUGCGAGUUCAUGAAUUACAACGAGAGUGAAGUUUCUAGUAUAGAAGCGCGAUCCUCGGCUCGACAUGUAGGGAUUUCGACAAGUGUGUAUAAACUGGACUUGUUCUCGCGGUGUAGAGUUGGAAGACCGUAUAACAAACCUAUGUCGUUUUUGCAACAUGGUCUUUUCGCUGCUGUUCUAAGACCAGGAGAGGCCUCGGACGAUAGACUCAAAGCUGCGAGAAUGAUCAAGGAGCAACAAACUGCACAUUAUGAAGCUGCUGUGGAGAUAUGGAGCUCGCACCUGGAUAUGCAUGUCCCGAUGUCAGAUGAUGGUUACAUGCGUAUCCUCGCAUUAUCCUGCGAUUUGAAGCGAGAAUUCGAGUACGAGAUCCAUAUCUGGACAUCUUCACCACCAAAAAUACCACCAACAAACCUGCUUAUGAAGCCCCAGAGAUCUUGCAAGUCCAGCCACAAUUCGACCUUGAGCAAUUCAGCAUCUGGGAUUGGAAUCUGCGUAUCGUGGGAAGAGGAAGCAAGAUCCAACGUUUGGUGAGCCAGGGCUUGGAGAGGUGCGAAAAAUAUCUAGCCAGCGGAACGGGUUUGGAAAGGAAAAUAAUCGAUGCAUUAUUUUACAUACGUUGGGAAGGGAUGGUGGGGACAUGGAGGCUAAACUUGCGGAGAUUAGGGAAGUCAGGAGAAAGAGGAUGGUUGUUGCAAGGGCAGUAUAGAUAACCAGAGAUAAUAGACGUCAAAAGACUGGGUUCAUGAACAGAUGGUUGAUGUUGAGGUAUAAGACAAG